UCUAAGGAGAAUUUGUUACGCUGUAUGAAGUGCAUUAAGCACAAAUAUAGGAAUUGUAAUAUAUACAGUUUAUUGCUAUUGCAAGUAGAAAAGAUUAUAGCUCAGUAUUCCGCUGCUGAAGCUGCUCUUGAUAAUGCGGAAAAGAAGCUAGAGCGUGCUACAGCUAAGAUA